AUGCUGGAGCGAAAAGAGAAGGCAACACUGUCUCAGAAACGUUCUUUCCUUGUCCGGAUGGUUUCCGAUCCAAAGUGCUACAAUCCAAAAAUUGUGCGUCAUUUAACUAUGGGUGGUUUCCGGAAAAUGAAUGAAGACGUUGUUCGAGAUUUAUCGUUACGAGAAGCGAUUGGUAGGACAAAAAUAAAAGUGACUAAUUUGAAGUAUUUCAAACAUGAUAAUGUGAAUACAGCGAGCUCAUCGUCUGGACCAUCAGUGGACGAAGAAGAAGUUAUAGCUUCUUCAAAUACAAUCAGAAAUUAUUAG